CUAGUUUGUAUUACCAGUACGGGUGUAAUUAAUAUCAACAGCAUAUCAUUCAGGAAUUGAAGUACAUGAGCGUUGUGUGACAACGCUCACACAUUGGUGAGGUCGCUCCUCGCCGUGCCCACUAGAGGGCGACGUUCUUUCUCCGUUCCCUAGUACCCAGUCUGUUCGCGUUCCCCAGUGAAAGCGCCAUGAAAGCCGCUCCGAAAAGCGAGAACCUCAGCGCGUCGGCUCCAAAAUAACCCGCUCCCAGCAGACGGAAGGAGUUCGGCAGCGAAACACUGCAUUCAACGCACUCUCCCCCAGGCACACGGACAUUAUGCCUUAGGAUCAGUCCCUGUGUCACCGCCACUCGCUACCGGAAACUGCAGCUUGCGCAGGAGUUCGUAUAUCGCCUGAUAGCAGAUCAAUUCAUCUGGCAGCAUGACCCAGCCGCUGCACAGGCCGUAGAAAAGUGCUUUCAACUCUUCAGCCCCAGUGUCUGCUCCUGUCUCUGCACGCCUGUGAGCUUUUAAUCACCGCACAUCGGCCGCGCGGCCCGAACUCGAGCCGCAGCAGAGCAGCGCGUGUAACUCGGAGCUGUCGAACGAGUUCUUUUCGCAUACGGCCUUGCAGACCAAUUAUAUCUGCAGCGAAGUUUGCUCUGGCAGCUCUCCUUUGGAUCUCGGGCUUCAGAUCUCUGCAUGAAGACCCCGCGCCUCUGCUGACGCUGGCUCCUUCUGCAGGGCCGGAUGAGUCCUCGGCAUCUGUGUGCCUUCAGAGCUGGGCCCCUCCGCUUUCACGGAGAUCUCGCUGACCUGCAGGCGUUAAGCGCCACAGCGCUGAUGACCACAGUCAGCACGAGGUCUGCUCUCCGCCUGUCGCUGAAGCUCUAUGGUCUUGCUGUGGACCCCAUAGAGACCCAUUUCCCCCCUAAAGUCCCACCUUAUUCUUAGUCACCUGGUGUGGUGGCAGCGCCCCCUAUAGGAGAAUGUCUGCAGCACAGACACAGAGUGACAGCGAGCAGCGUUGGGGCUGCCUGGAGUCUCUGGGCCUGAGUCCCCGGGAGCUGGUCCUGGCUGAGGCUCUGCAGAUGGAGUACGAUGCACUCUCUCGCCUCAAACAGGACAAGGGACCACCUGGAACGGUCUCCCCCGACACCAGGACCGAACGACUGUCGCCCAGACCCCUCCCCAGCCCACCUGGGGGCAGUUUGCACCCGGGUCUGUCCGGUUCGGAUCCAGCACUCAACCUCACCCAGCCUGGAGUGUCGAACCCUUCGAGGUCAAACCUGGAAUCGCGCAGCUACAGUAAGGAGCCACUCUACAUCCUGGACACUCAGGGAAAGAGCGACAAUGAGGGGACCUCCGGAAUGCUGAUGAAGGGGCUGCCACCUCCGGACGAGCCUCCGCCGGCAGUGCCGCCCCGGAACCCCGUCCCGCAGCUGGAUUCGUUCAUGACCCGCAGGGGUUCAGCUCCCAGAGACGUGAACCUGUUCACCCCUGAGGAGGACCAGCCCAAGAUGCCCUGUGGAGAUACCAUGAACUAUGACAACUUAAACGACUCUCUGAUGAGGCUCAAUGAGGACUGGCCGUCACCCAGAAGGCGGAAGGUUAACGGCGACCAAUUGGGAAAGCCGGUUGCACGCAGUAAAACCCUGCCUCCACAGGUGCCACCUCGCACUUACCUGGCCGGACCAAAGAGCACCAAAAGUACCCGCAGGGUAUCGGCUGACCCGGUGUCACUGGGUUCCAAGCUGAACGGCUUCGGAUACGAGCUCUUCCAGGUGUCGGAGGAACGCGAUGAGGAAGUGGCUGCUUUCUGCCAUAUGCUUGACGUGUUGCGCUCUGCCUACCCAUGCACGGAACGCUCGAAGAACGCCGGCUUCGUGUGGACCCCAAGUGUGAUGCAGGAAGAAAUUCAGCUGGGGCUCGGGGUCAGCAUCAAGGUCACGGUCAUCAGCGAGCACUUCUGCGAACCCCUCACCUUCACCUGUGACGGAUCCUCCACCGUUGACCUGCUGAUCUACCAGACACUGUGCUAUGCCCAUGAUGACCUGGACCUGCUCGACGUGGACGACUACGUGCUGAAAGUGUGCGGCCAGGCCCAGUAUCUCAACAAUUCUCAGACCCUGGCUGGCCUGGAGUACAUCCAGCAGUGCCUGAAGUUUGACUGGGACAUCCGGCUCUUCCUCACGAAGAGGAGCUCUGUUGGUAGGGAGCUCGCCCGCACGGAGGAGGACGAUGAGACACCAUCUACCAUGAACCACAACAUCCUUCUUCAGGAGAGACCCAUCAAGCAGACUGUGACCAGGGAGGCCCUCACGUUGCUGCUUGACACCUUCCAUAACGAGGCCGACUCCUUUGUGCUGUCAGAAGUUGAUAUGCCGUUGCAUGUGGAGCGCUUGGUUCAGUCUGUGAAGGCUCUGUGCAGCUCUCUUGCUGCCGUGGAAACACCAGACAUCACCUUAGCCCUCAACCAACUGCCUGCCUGUCCCUGCAGACUGCAGCCCAGGGUGCAGAAGGAUGUGACGGUGCUGGCCCGGAGGGAAAACCGAGAAAAAAUUGUUGAGAGGUUGACGGCAGCCAUCUUGGACUUGGUGGAGCUGUACUGCAGCACGUUCAACGCCAACUUCCACACGGCGCUGCCCAGCCGGCCACGCACGGUGCCCAUCCAGGAGGCAGGCAUGGUCACCAACGUGCUCUCCUUCAGCGUCUACGCCGCCCACCGCGUCCCCAUCACCUGGGCCGCCAGUUAUGAAGGAUUCUUCCUAUCGUGUUCACUCACCCAUGGGAUGAAUGAACUCUGUGCCCCUCAGCAUACCAGCAAACAGUCAGUCAGCAAAUACCUUUUCCAUCUGGUGGUUUGGGACCAGAGGAUUUGCUUCCCUGUGCAGAUCAACCAGCUGCCACGAGAAUCACAGCUAACAGUCACCCUGUACGCCACCCCUCUACCGCCCCCAGGAGGAGCGGAAGAGAAAAGCAAGCAGAAAACUCGCAGCAUGGAGGCUCUGGGCUGGGUCACUAUGCCCCUCUUCAACUUCCAACACAUUCUGACGUGUGGCAGGAAGCUACUCGGUCUGUGGCCUUCCACGACGGGCUCGGGAAAUGCUCGCUCCAGCACCCCCAACUUCAGCCAACCCGACAGCGUCAUUCUACAGGUGGACUUCCCCACAUCCUCCUUCGAAGUGCACUUCAGCACCCCCCCCACGGCCGUCUUUGCUCCGCAGUACGAGUUCUCUCGGCUAGACCAGGGCAGCCAGAAGCAGCUCCAGGACAUCCUGGACAAGAAGUCCCUCUUCUGGCUGUCUCCAGAGCACAAGCGUCUGCUGUGGGAGAAGCGUCACUUCUGCCAUGCCGACAGUAGCCGCUUACCGCUCAUCUUGGCCAGCGCGCCCAGCUGGGAGUGGGCGUGCCUGCCUGACAUCUACGCUCUCCUGCGCCACUGGGUGUGCACCAACCACCUGGACGCCCUAGGCCUGCUGCAUGCCACGUUUCCAGAUCAGGAGUGCAGACACACAGCUGUCCAGUGGAUGGACUCCAUUUCUGACCCGGAGUUGCUGGACUUCCUCCCGCAGCUGGUGCAGGCCCUGAAGUAUGAGUGCUAUCUGGACAGCCCCCUGGUGCGUUUCCUGCUGUGCCGAGCCAUCGGAGAUGUGCGCAUCGCUCACUGCCUGUUCUGGCUGCUGAAGGACGCCCUGCAGGACUCCCAGUUCAGCGCGCGCUACCAACACCUGCUCGCCGCCCUGCUCUGCUGCUCGGGACGGGGCCUGCGGGAAGAGUUCGACCGGCAGGGCUGGCUGGUCAGCGUCCUGGCUGAAGUGGCCCAGCGCGUGCGGGACACCUCGCCGUCGUCCCGACAGACUGUGCUGAAGGAGGGUCUGGAGGAGCUGAAGCAGUUCUUCUCUGUGAGUGGGAGCUGUCGUCUCCCGCUGAACCCUGGCCUUCUGGUGAUGGGCAUUAACAUACAGUCCUGUUCCUACUUCAACUCCAACGCCGUUCCCCUUAAGCUCUCUUUCCUCAACACGGAUCCGCUGGGAGACAACAUCAACGUGAUCUUUAAGUCGGGAGACGACCUGCGUCAAGACAUGCUAACGCUGCAGGUCAUCCGCAUCAUGAACAAGAUCUGGCUGCAGGAGGGGCUGGACGUGAGGAUGGUCAUCUUCCGCUGCUUUUCCACGGGCCGUGGCCGAGGCAUGGUGGAGAUGAUCCCCAACGCCGAGACCCUCAGGAAGAUCCAAGUGGAGCACGGCGUCACCGGCUCCUUCAAAGACCGCCCCUUGGCUGACUGGCUACAGAAACACAACCCCACCGAGGACAAAUACGAAAAAGCUGUGGAGAACUUCAUCUACUCUUGUGCAGGCUGCUGCGUAGCCACCUACAUCCUGGGCAUCUGUGAUCGCCAUAACGACAACAUCAUGUUGAAGAGCAGCGGUCACAUGUUCCACAUCGACUUCGGCAAGUUCCUGGGCCACGCCCAGAUGUUUGGCAACAUCAAACGGGACCGGGCCCCGUUUGUCUUCACGUCGGACAUGGCGUACGUGAUCAAUGGUGGAGAUAAGCCGUCCAGCCGCUUCCACGACUUUGUAGACCUGUGCUGUGAGGCGUACAACCUGAUCAGGAAGCACGCACACUUGUUCCUCAACCUGCUGGGUCUGAUGCUGUCCUGUGGCAUUCCUGAGCUGUCUAAUCUAGACGAUCUGAAGUAUGUCUACGAUGCCUUGCGACCUCAUGAAUCUGAGGCUGAUGCUACCAUGCACUUCACCAGGCUGAUAGAGUCCAGUCUGGGCAGCGUGGCCACCAAGCUGAACUUCUUCAUCCAUAACCUGGCCCAGAUGAAGUUCGCCUCGUCCGAGGAGCGGCCCGUGUUGUCAUUCGCGCCACGCGUCUACACGCUGAAGAGCGACGGCCGUAUCCUCAGCCUGUUCGUGUGCCGCCAUCUGAAAAUCUGCAGCCCCAACAAGGGCUACACGUAUGUGGUGAAAGUGGAGCGGGAGGGCCAACAGGGGACGAUCUUGGUACAGAGGAGUUUUGAAGAGUUUCAUGAGUUGCACAGCAAACUGCGUCUCAUCUUCCCUUCAUCUAAACUGCCCAGCUUCCCCAGCCGCUUUGUGAUUGGUCGCUCACGCGGGGAGGGCAUGGCUGACCGGCGGAAAGACGAGCUGAAUGGAUAUGUGUGGCAUCUAAUCCAUGCAGCCCCUGAGGUGGCUCAGUGUGACCUGGUCUACACCUUCUUUCACCCAUUACCAAGAGACGAACGACCACUAGGGACCGGCGUAAAUGCACUGAACAACAAACCCACAGAGGUGUCUUGGGCUCCGGUUCCUGGUAAAGUGGUGGGUGAAGUGAAGCUCUCCAUAUCCUACAGGAGUGACAAGCUCUUCAUCAUGGUUAUGCACACACGUGGCCUGCAACCGCUGCAAGACGGGACAGACCCGGACCCCUACGUCAAGCUGUAUCUGCUCCCUGAUCCACAGAAAACCAGCAAGAGGAAGACCAAGGCAGCUCGGCGCACAUGCAACCCCACGUACAACGAGAUGCUGGUGUAUGAUAGGAUACCACGUGGGGACCUGAAUCAGAGGUCCAUCCACCUUCGGGUGUUGGAUGACGGGGCAUUCUGGGAGAGUACCCUGCUGGGCGAGACCUUCAUCCCCUUAAAGAACCUCACGCCUGGCCAGCACUGGGUGGACUGGCACCAGCUAAGCGCCGGAGGCUCCGAAGGCAGCCGCUAGCAGUGCAGCCAAGAUGGACAGGCCAGCAGACCUAGUUUAGAGCCUGUUAAAGGGGAGCUAGCUCGUAGGUAGGAGCCAGUCAAGGAGGGCGUAGGUGUCUUCGAGCUUGGGUUUGUGAGGUGGGGAGGCCCUGCUCAGAGGGAGGUAUUUCCCCCCAGUGGGGGUGUGCGUUGUGGAUUCUCCUGCUCUGGAGACUUUUAAACUCAGUGGUGGAGAGCCAUCACUCCAUGCUGUAUUCUGAUUAUUUGUUGGGGAUACUGUGCACUACGUGGACCUUGUGGAUAAGAUGAGGUUAAAUUGUCUGUUCCUAACUGACAAAAGACGUGGGUGGGGGUGCGCGUGCGUGCGUGCGUGCGUGUGUGUGUGUGUGUGUGUGUGUGUGUGUGUCCGUGCCAUGGUAUAGCAUUGCAGAAGGCUCAGAAUUUUGUCCAUUCUGAGCCUUAUGCUUAUUGUAAAUCCCUACAAUUUCUUUUUAAGAGAACAAAUUAAACUUUAAGUUAUUUCUUUUUAAAGAUGUUCUUUUAUGGUGGCUCAAUUUUGAGCUAGCUGUUGUUGUGACAUUUGUUAUGUCUCUGAGUCUGAUUAUACCAGGUUUACUUUACUAAGGGUCAGUUGGAUUAUUCGCAUACUUGGUGGGAGGGAACCAUCUGAUCAUAAAAAGACUAAAAUACUUGAGGAUCGGUGGCGUGACAAACCUUUACGGACUUACACAAGGCCUAAUUUAGCCCAGUUGCCUAAUCAUGUCUGUAAUGAACAUAUAUAACUUAUAAUAGAAAGUCCUGUGCUUUUGAAAAUGUUUUUUUUUCCAUCAUGACUCAGUGACUUGGCAUGCAAGUAUAAUAAUAGAAUUUGGGAGGCUCAUUUCUUACAGCUGAUGAAUGCUUGGAUGGUUACAAGGCACCAUAGGGGUAGGCGAUCAGCAACGUGAUCGAGACAAAAACCUAAAUCACCGUUUGACAAAAUCACUAUAAAAUCAGUACAAUUGAAUUAGUUACUUUUUGCAUUUAAUUGUAUUCCAGACUUACAAAAUUAUGUCUAGGCCAUAUAUAACUAUGCUGGUUUUCCCAUUUUAAAUCUUUUGUCAUGUAUUCAUCGAAUACCUGUCAGUAAUCAAGUUUAUAUUUUGGUUUUCAAAUCACUGCAUUUUUAUCCCAUUGGCACUUUGUAAACAAUUAAAAGCUUAUUCUUUCCACACCAAAAUAACACUGUACAAGCAGUAUAUUGCCUAAGCCCAGUCAAGUGCUUCACAUGCAGUUUAAUUAUAGGUGCUCUGUCAGCAUGCCGUGAGGGAGUUUGAGGUUGCGUUUUGUGCUGUGGGAGCAUUAAUCUUAACCAGGCCAUGAUGGGGCCACUGCAAAUGAUGUAGUUACGUAUGCUUCAGAUGCAUGCUGUGAAAUUUGCUACUGGAUAAAUGUUGCACUUUUGGUCUCAUUUGACAUACUUUGUACCUUUUUUUUUUUUUUUUUUUUGGAACAGUGUCAUUUAUUUUGAAACAAAAGCAACGGUCAGCCUUAAGACUCAAGUAUUGUUAUAUUCAUUCAGUUACCAUAUUUGAACUGUUGAGGUAAAGAACACCUGCUGGGAGAAGCUCUGUGUGCUUUAUCCUCUAUACUGUUUGUAUGUGUGUUCUGGAUGGGUUUUUGGUUUGUUUUUGUCUUCUUAUUUUCCAGAAAAGUUGCAUGCAGAUGAAAGCGCUGAAUAUAUGGCUAUAGCUUCCCGUUUUCCCUCACAAAUCCUGGUUUUCCCUUGCAAACAUCACUUUGUCCAUUUGCAACACAAACCAUACAGGCUGGGUUUCAUGGAAGGCCUCAGGUUUGAUGGAACAAAUUUAAGUAGGAAAAAUCUAACGGAUUGGAAAUUUGCUUGAACAUACGUUUUAACUACAUGUUUGUUGUGACCAUUUUGAAGAAUAUCAUGCGGUUGAAUCGCUGCACUGCCUGACUUGCCAAUAGCUGCAGUAUGCUCAGUGCUGGUGAGUAUGUGGUGGUGCUCGGGGGGGCCAAAGUUCUGUACUUCCUGACCAAGCCAUUCAGUUCUACCACUGCAGGAGUUAUGGGAAUCACCUUGGCCAUGCCUAAGAUUGUCCUUCUGUCACAGAUGCCCCUUAUAUUUCAUUUGAAGUGUAGUCCACCCUUUUUUCUCUAUGAAGCAGCAGACUAUAUUGUAUUUUGUUUGGCUGUUUGAGGACAUGGUUGUCUUUUUAAUGCAAUGAGAGAAAUUGCCUGGGAGCCACAAUGCCUUGGUAAUGGUCAUCUGUUGGAGGGCUCAGACUUGCUAUAAUUAUGCAAAGGAUCUGUAAAGGGACAUUGCCAAAUUAGUACAUUUUGAAUGAUCACAGAUUUAUAGAAGAGAAAAUGGGAACGAAUGUAUGUUCAAAAUGAACAGAUUUAAUGUGUUGUACAUACUGAGAACAUCAUUUUCAUUGCAAUUUAGAGUUUAAUCUCACCAUUUUGAUUUUCCUGACAUGAAAGUUGUGUACCUUGUUUUUUUUUUAAUAUUAUUUGCACUAAAUAAAAUGAACUUGAAUUCACACUUAAA